AUGUCGCUGGGUGCCAAAUGUGCUGAUGCGCCUGUCGAAGAUCAGGGUCCAGCAGCACACGGAAGUUCGGAAGCGAGACCGAAGGAUCGCGAGUGCGGUACGCUGCUGAAGUCGCUGCUUGCGGAACCAAAAUGUGCGUGA